UUGUCAUCUGUGGCUGUCAUUGAGUUUUGGUUGUGUAUUGUGUUAUUAUUAUUAAUUUAUAAUAAAACAUAGAAUUAUUAAUUUUGAUUUGAUGUUUACGUAGACUUCGAACGAACAACCGUUUUAAACUUUUUAUGUUGUGAAAAAUAUAUUAAUAUUUAAAAUAAUGUCCAAUAAUUCCAUGGGCCAGGCUGCUAACAUACCGACCAUGGGAACAAUAAAUCAAGGUGCGAUACAGUACGUGAACAAUCCAUUACAAAGUCCUCAACUACAAUCGAGUUCAAUACAAAACUCGCCUUCACAGCAUAGCCCAAUGGGUACCCAAGCACAAACUAGUGCUAAACCAUCUCAAAGUGGUGCUGGAGAUCAGACCACUCAACUUCUCAGCCGGCCUCGUUUGCAAGAGUUAGUGAGGGAGAUAGAUCCAACGGUCCAAUUGGACGAGGAAGUGGAGGAAAUGCUGUUACAGCUAGCUGAUGACUUCAUAGACACAACUUUAAAUGCAUCUUGUGCAUUAGCAAAACACAGACAUGCUCCCACUGUGGAACUACGAGAUGUACAGUUGCAUUUAGAAAGACAAUGGAAUAUGUGGAUUCCUGGGUUUGGCAAUGAUGAACUUCGACCAUACAAACGCGCUGCAGUCACAGAAGCACAUAAACAACGUAUGGCUCUCAUACGGAAAACCAUCAAGAAAUAUUAAUUUGACUUCUAAUUAUGUAAAUAAAAAAUUAUAAGAUAUUACUUUAAAAUUAUAGGUAAUUUGUUUAGUUAUCUUGUAAAUGAUUGUGUUUUCCUAACUACAAUUGGGGGAAAAUCAUUAUCAUUUGUUGAAAGUUACUUCAACUAAAUAAAUACGGUAAAAGUACUAUUAAAUUAGAUCAGUAUAUAAGGUAUAUAACAUAAGGAAAAUUUGUGUAAGUUUAAUAUUUGUUACUUUGUCUUUUUAUAUAUUUCAUGAAGUAAUUUUGUGACAGUACAAAAUAAUUUUUGUUACAGGACAAAAUUAACUGCUAUUACAGUAGUUAUUGAAAAUAUAAGC